CAGGACGUGCAAUCAACAGAUACACACAGUCAUUGCUUGGCAAACAGUAAACACUGGGCAAUGAAAUCGCCAACCGGGGAUAAAUCUACUCCGCCUAAAGAGAUCAAGGCACCGCGAACUCCCAAAAGUGUUGUGAGCAAAGACAAGGAUACGAACAACCACCAUGUGGUGCCGCUAGGCAUCCUCGUGGUCCUCUGCACUAUGUAUAUCAUGGUGGCCGGGUUGCAGCAGAACUACAAGUACUACUUCAAGCCGGGCGUGGCUGCCCUUGAUUUGAACCAUCGCCCAACCAGUGACUCCCAGCCAGAAGUCAUGGAUGAGGAGCAGGCUCCAGACACAUCUUGCCAGCAGAUGGAUGUUUUCGGCAGGAAAUCGGGUCGAAGUCCAUCAGCUCACCCAGUGUCGAGAAGAUCUCAAGGCAAGGCUACCAAGCGAACCAAAAAUGCCACUGGAAAUGGGGUCAGCAAGCAACCUCGAUUAGCCACAUCCCUGGAGGGUAACAAGAAAAAGGAUGCGACCAAGAAAAGCAAUACGGCGGAGCCCAUUAUCUAUCUGUUCGCCCUGGUAUUCAUCUAUCUGCUGCUGAAGGCCGCCUCUGAUAUCAAUCAGCACUACAAAUCGCAGAACAAAGGGGACAAGCGCCUGCGCCGCUGCUCUCUGCAAUCCUAUGCUCAAAUCCACAAGCAAGAUCGACGGGCUUCAAAAGUUGAGGAGUCCCCGAUCUUCCGGCGCAAGCAUGUCCUCGGCGAGGAGCGUUCCGUGUCGGUGGAUCGCUACAAGUACACACAAAACGAGGAGGGAGGGUUCACAAAAACUGCUCCGAAGGUUCAGGAGUACCAUCACAGGGUCAUUUCACCUUUGGCCAGCAGGCCAAGUCACCCGCACCCAUUUACGCCUGGUUCAGGAGACACUCGCUUUGAGCCACGCCUAAACCGACGAUCAUCGGUCCCGAUCAGCAUUAACUAUCAAACGGUUCACGUGUCAGGUCCAUAUCCACCCGAAUUGGCAAGACGCGGCUCGGUGAUAAGCCUCACUGGUCAGAUUCCAGAUUUAGGUGCCAUGCCCGGUGGAAGCAUUGACCCAAAACGCCGCGUCCGAAUGAUCAAUCGCCAUUAAAGUCAAAGUACUAUCAAGCCAAAACCCAUCGAAACUGCAAAGAGGCUACAGUUUUUAACACAAACAUUUUAAAUAGCACGCUUUGUAGUUCUUCUUAAUGCGUUUCUUUUAAUCAUUUAAUUAAGUUAUAUUACUCAAGUGUUUUAAAAAACGUACAAAGAAUAUUCUUCUCGAAGACACCGAAUUUACGCCCACCUUUUGCGGGGAGUGAGCCAACGUUUGCCAUCCUAUUGUACAUUAUUCUACUUAGGGCAAGAUUAAAAAAAUCUUAGUCUAGCGUAGUGUUUAGUUUGGAAUUCAGUACCUAUGAUGUUACCAUUAACUACGAACCAACUACGAACUUGUGAUGCUCAUUACAAUGACAAUUACAUACAGUUAUGUAUCUAGGUUAAAAGACCUGCGAAGCGGAUGAAAGGGUGCAAGAACUUAACUACUGCUGCUAACGCGUUACUGGAUCGGGGUGCGGAGAUAUGGUCGAGCGGUCCCUACGGCUAAUACACGUAUUCUACAAGGCUUCCGUCUUCAUUGAAUUUUGCGCUAGUUUCUCCUAUUCCAUUAAAUAUUAAAAUAAA